AUGGCCAGUGUACUUCGCAAACUCAACUGCAGUUUGGGGUCCAUUGCGAUCAAUGUCCUCCUCCUUGCCCUAGUUUGUGAAGCUAGGUCAGUCCCGACGAAUAAUGGAGGGUUCAUUGGAACCAACGGAACCAAUUUUAUGCUCAACGGGUCACCUUUUUACUUUAAUGGGUUCAAUGCCUACUGGAUGAUGCAUGUUGCAGCUCAGCCCACGGAAAGGGGCAAAGUUACACAAGUGUUUCGUGAGGCUGCCGCUGCUGGUCUCACUGUAUGUCGAACUUGGGCUUUCAGUGAUGGUGGAGAUCGAGCUCUGCAGAUAUCACCUGGUGUUUAUGAUGAACGUGUUUUUCAGGCACUUGACUUUGUGAUAUCUGAGGCCCAAAAGCAUGGGAUUCGAUUGAUCUUGAGUUUUGUCAAUAAUUUCAAUGACUUUGGAGGGCGAAGACAAUAUGCUCAAUGGGCUCAAAAUGCAGGAAUCCAAAUAAAUAACGAAGAUGAUUUUUACAAGCAUCCAAUUCUAAAAAGAUAUUACAAGAAACAUGUGAAGAGCAUCAUAACUAGGUUCAACACCAUAACAAGAAUUGUUUAUAAGGAUGAUCCAACCAUUAUGGCAUGGGAACUCAUAAAUGAGCCGCGAUGCAACAGUGAUUACUCCGGAAGGACAGUUAAUCGUUGGGUCAAGGGGAUGGCAGCUCUCGUGAAAUCUAUUGACAGCAAACAUUUGCUGGAAGUCGGCAUGGAAGGCUUUUAUGGGGACUCCACACCUAAUAGGAAGCAUAUCAAUCCUGGUUAUCAAGUGGGCACUGAUUUCAUCACUAACAAUCUUGUUAAGGGCAUAGAUUUUGCGACCAUACACGCCUAUCCAGAUAUAUGGUUGUCGGGGCAAGAUGAUAAGUCGCAAAUGGCUUUUAUGAAAAAAUGGAUGAUAAGUCAUUGGGCAGACUCCAGAAGACUACUAAAAAAGCCAAUGGUUUUAGCAGAAUUUGGCAAAUCCAGUAAAAAUCCAGGAUAUAAUAUUAAGAAAAGGGACUCAUACAUGGACGCGACGUAUAAGACCAUUGACCACUUAACUAAGUACGGAGGAACAAUCGGCGGGAGCCUAGUUUGGCAACUCAUGGUACCAGGAAUGGAACCAUAUCAUGAUGGCUACCAAAUAAUUCUAUCAGAAGAUGCCUCUACCAAAGGAGUCAUUUCCAGACAGUCCAAUCAGAGGGCCAGCUUGUCUCGCUGA